AAGAAGCAGGCUUCAAUAAAGAUUGCAUUUUUUGGAGACUUAUAAGGGAUUUUAAGACUGGCAACCCGUAAAUUGUUUGUCAUGUUGUGCAUGCCACAAACUUUGGUAAGUCAUUUUAUAUUAAUAAUACAGUCUCAAUUAUUACACAAAUUAAUACAUAUUCUGAUACAUAUCAUGUUUUUAUGCUGUGUAGGAAGUUUGAGCUGAUUCAAUACCCAAGGCCCAUGGUUAUUCCAAAAAUUGGCCCAAAUUUUUAUUACAUUUUCUGAUGCAUAUUGAUGUAGUAACGCUAUGUAGAACAUUUAAGCUGUUUUCAACUAAUAAUUCUUAAGUUAUGAGCAUUUUAAAAAGAAUCAGUUGAUAUUUACCUGAUUAAGGCUAUAGCGCAUAGUAUUUUCUAAAACAUAGCUCCAUAAUUACUCGGCCAAAUUUUAUUACAUAUGAUGCUGUGUAAAAGUUGAUUCCAACUUCAAUUUUUAAAGUUAUAGCCCUAUUUAAAAGUGGCCAAUUUUUGAAAAGUAUCUAAGGCUAUAAAAACCAUGGGUUCUUUAAAAAUUGGCUUCAAAAUCACCCCCGUUUAGUGCAUGUUUUAGGCCAUCAUUUAUGAAAUAAAGAAAUUCUUUUAUUACAUUUUUGAUGCAUAAACGUACAAUCAAUUGUGUAUUUCUUGAAGCAAGAAAUUUUGCUAUCCCUCUCACUCCCCUAUGAUUAUAUGAUUAUUAUAUAUAUGAUCAUCUAUGAUUAUCUAUAAUUAUAGAUAGAAAUAAUAAUAGAGCAAAUAAUAAUAAUAAUAAUAAUAAUAAUAAUAUCAACUUGACAAAGACAAAGUUAACAAAUAAAAAGCAAAAGUUGGUAAUGGUGUCUCUGAAGGACUCAAUGACCGAAUCAGAGAGCCUAAGAUUAAAUUAAUUACACUACAUUAAAAAUUAAAUUUAAAUUUAAAACAGAACAUAAUAUUAAAAUGAGGAAAAAUUAGGAGUUUUGGGGGGAGUGAGAACAUUUAUCACAUGGACAUGAUAAGUGAUAGGUGCAUGGGUGGUCAACAUUAUAAGAGUUGAGAAAAUGUUUCCAUAGAAACUUUUUCACCUUCAUACAGUUUGUAGUGGGAGAGAGACUUAAAUCGAAAAUGAGUUUACUCUAGAUAAUAGAGUUUACUUUAUUAUCUAUAAUAAGAUAAUAGAAAUAAUAAAGUAAAUGAAAGUGAGUUUACUCUAGAUUAGAGUUUACUCUAUUAUCUGUGAUUAUAGGAACGACCUGGGGGCUACGCCCCCAGGUCUUUACAAAUUAUGAGAUUAGAAUUACUAAGAAUACGAUGAGCAUUUUUCGAUCUGUGGGACUGGGACUACUACUAAAGUAGUAAGUGUUGAUAGUAAUUUAACAAGCUAGCCUAUACUAUAAGAUCCCUGUAGUUUUCAAUGAUGGCUGGCGGUUCAGCUGAAGUACAGAAACCACAGUUCAAACAGGCCAACUCUCAUCCAGCUGUCUCGAUAUCGGGUAGCCAGACCCACCCUCCCAAAGCUUGGUGCUAUGUUUCAAGAACCAAGGAAGAAACAGAAGUGUUGGCUAGUCCAGUUAAAAAGAAGUCUUUAAAAGAUUAUAUGUGGAGUUUAGUCAAUGGAAGCCUGACAUUAUUGUCCAUUUUUGUGUACUGUGCUGUUCUCAUGACCAUCUACAUUCAUCCUAACAAUUUGUUAUGGCUUUGUGUAGCAGUUUUCCUAAACGUGUAUGCUCUUGUUGUUUCAAUAAUGACAGCAGUUAAAACAAAAGAUGAAAAUUGGUUUUGUCUUUUUGUACUUAUAUUGAAUAUAAUAAUUAUCACGAAGGCAGAAAGUAACACAUUUAACUAUAUUUUUUUUAUUUUUGCAGCUUUGAUAAUAUUCAUCAAGAAAGAACCUUCUUGUACUAUUCCGCAAACUAUAACUCCCUCCACUGACAAUGACAAAGAUAAUACAAUUUUUAUUGUUUAAUGCCGGUAUUUAUAUAUUAUAACUUGAGUUGGGCGGCUGCAUAUAAUGUGGUUGCUAAUAUUUUAUCUCAAUGACUCUAUAUCAAA